UAAUCACAGUGUUUGGGAAAGUUCACUGAAAUGUUCUUGAUAAAUAUCAAGCUUUGCCUUGCACCUUCAAGCUCCACCACCAACACCACCACCACUUCUCUACUGAGCUCUUCACCUCAAAGAUAAAUAUAGACCAUUUAUGUUGCAAAUAUAUAUAUAAAUCAUCCCUUCCCUGAUGUCUCCUUUCCCUGAACCACCACCACCACCUCCUCCUCCUCAUGAAUAUCCCUAUGAAAAACCCUUUCCUUGUUUUCUUGGAAGCACUUCAUCAUCUUCCCCUUGGUUUCCCUUAUCUCCUCUUCCUCUUCACCAUGAAGGUCUUCAUGAUCUUCUCUUUUCACCCCCUAAUACUACUCCUACUCCUACUCCUACUCCUUCUCCUACUCCUACUCAUGAUCUUCAACUCAACAUAGAAGAAGCCAUAAAUGGAGGAGUUUCAAGCAAGAGGAGAUCUAGAUCACUUAGGAAAGACAGGCAUAGCAAGAUAUUCACUGCUCAAGGGCCUAGAGACAGAAGGAUGAGGCUUUCUCUUGAGGUUGCUCGAAGAUUCUUCGACUUGCAGGACAUGCUUGCCUUUGAUAAACCUAGCAAAACCGUCCAGUGGCUUCUCAACAAGGCCAAAUCAGCCAUUAAAGAAGUUGCAAGCAUUUCCAAACCAAAUUGCAGACAAUUCAGCGGGGAUGGCAGCAUCAGCCUAAAGAGCACCGAAUCAUCGGCUUCCGACAUCGAAGAUGUCUCGACGAUAUCUGAACAAAAGGCCAAGUUGAUCACAUCCAUGUCCAACACCCAAGAGAAAGACAGAAAACCUGCUAAAGCUAAGAGAGAAGUUGUUCAUUCAAUGAGAAGAAGAGCUACCGUUGAUCCUAUGCUUGUUCGAGAGUGUCGAGCGAAGGCAAGAGCGAGAGCCAGGGAAAGAACAAAAGAGAAGAAGAUGAUGAGAUCUGUGAGUUUCAAUGGUGCAACCAAUGAGAUUGCAGUUUCUUCUUCUGCAGCUAUUGAAACACUGGAGGAAUCUGUGUCUCAUGACCUGAAUUCUUCUUCACUAGAGUUUGUUGCUGAUGUAGAUGAACCAUGUUCUCACUUGCAUACGGCCACCGAAAGAGUCUUUGGCUUUCUUAUGACAAGCAAUGAGUCCGGCCAAGCUUCCGACUACGAUAUAAAUCUCUUCCAAGAUCACUGGGGCAUGAACUUCACCGGUAACUCUGAUGAUCAAUUUCAUGCCAAACAAUUGAUCUACAACAACAGCAACAACAACUUUCUAUGAAAAAUGUGAGAAAUUUUUAAUUUCUUGUUGAGUUUCUUGAUCAUCUUUGCUUCAUGUAUUGUGCUUGGUUCUUCAUUUCAGUGUUUCAGGAACAAUCCUAUGUGAGAUCUUAAUUAAUUAAUUUAAUUCCAAUAUAUAUAUAUAUAUAUGAAAUGCUUCAGCAUUGCUUGUUAAUUUGGUUAUAAUGAUUGCAAGUAAUCGAGAAAUAAUGGAUUUAUA